AUGCCAGUCACAAACCCAGUUCCAGUCUCGGGCUCAACCCAACCUCCCGCGACAACUUUGAAACCAACUUCAACAUCGUCAUUGACAGUCGUUGCUGUUCCAAUACCAACAACAGACACGGAGACCUCAGUAGCUCAGCUGUCAACCACGAUACCAUUUGUACCUCGGCGAUGGCGAUCCCUAGAUUCGACUACAGGUAAUAUCGACAAUGGCCGUGAUGUAGAGAAACAGAGAUUAGAAAAGUUUGAUGUUCUUCGCCGAGAGAUCUAUUACGUAGAGCAAGAAUUAAAAGGCGCGGAGACAAGAAUAUUGAAGCUUCGAGAUGAGCUAUAUGCGUUGCACGAAUUAGAUUGGAGUAUUCAACGUAUGGAAGAUUUCUUGGGAAAAUUAAAGGGGCGGAAGGGAAAAGAAGAGGACCAGGGAGAAGAGAAUGGAGAGGAAGCUGAGGGUGGUGAAUCUUUGCAAGGAGAAGGGGAAAGAGAUGGUUGA